AAGAAUAAUCCCAUAAGAAGAAGAGAACUGGUCCUGAUUCGGUCUGGUCCAUUAUGGACCAGUGAAGUCUUUCUCGUCCUGCCAGGAAAAAGCAAUGUUUUUGGGGUCAGAAGGCCGUAGCACUGUCAGCAGAGUGUGUGUGGGGCCCCUCCUCUCCCUCUUCCCUAGCACCCCACCUGAUAUGGGAUGCUCUGCCCCUCAGCCCUGAGCUCUCCUGGGGAGCCAUGAACAACUACAGAGACAGAGGGGUCACUUGCACCUCCUCGGACCUUCUGGAUGCAGGAGGAGGAGGUGGUUUGCCACAGCACACUCCCUUUCGUCACACCCCUAAUGGCCACCCGGCCCCCGCUCCCACAGACUCAGCCAUCCAGCCUCGCAUGUCUGUGCCUAAAAUGGGCGUUCGAGCACGAAUUGCAGAGUGGCCUCCCCGUCGUGCACGGUCCCGAGAGUCACUGCUUGAAAAUGGACAAAUAGGCAGUAAUCACUAUGGUGACGACUGCUCCACUUCACUUUCAUCGUCAGUUUUGUCAUCUGACAUCGGGUUGGUGCGGGGAGGAGUUGCCAGGUUGCCACGAAGACGGUCGAGGGAGGUCGAGUUCAGAGUGGGAGGAUUUGGAGGUGAAAGAGGUUCACCUUUGAGCCUAAGAGUGUUCCCACCGUUAAGACAGCGCUCCAACAGUGAAGUGACACUGAGUGAACAGGAUGAGAAUGAGGUGGAGGUUCGUGGUGGUGGGAUGGGAAACCUGUUCAGAGAGUAUGGCAGCACCUCCUCCAUUGACAUCCAGGGAAUUCCUGAGCAGAGCUUCUUCGAUAUGCUCAAUCAGUUCCAUCACGAGAGGCCUGAUCAGCGCAGCUCAGCACCUGAACGCCUUAGGGAGCUGCUGCGUACUCCAGACUCUCCACCAAGCAUACCUGUUCCCGCUGCUCCCUCACCUGGUCCUACAGGUGGAGACAACAGAGGGACAGGGAAGAAGGACGGACCUGAGAGAGUGCGGAAGAAGAGUGGAGGCACAGAGUCAUCACUGGGCACCUCUUCAUUGUUCAGGAAACUUCGGAGCUCCAGCAGAGGGGAGCUGGAUGGAGGGAAAGGAGAAAGUAAUGACGAUGGCGGGCGCGGUUCAACAGAUGCCUCCUACAAACCAUGGGUGUGCCCCAAGAGCUUUGUCCACUUUGAUGCUCAGAGUAUCUUGUUUGACCUCCAUGAGGCAGCGGCUCAGCGUGACUAUGCCACACAGAGGAGGAACACUGCCACAGGGGCAUCGGCCGCUUCAGUGUCCCUGUCCGUCUCCAGGUCCUCUGCUCUUCUCAUGAAUGAGCCAGUUUACUCCAGCAUCGAAGACCUAACCAUGAGCCUGGACCCUGCCUCCACAACACCUUCCCUGAAUCUUGACCCUCUGGACAGCCCCGCUGGAGCUCACAGCCCAGGCUCACUGCUCCUCUGCUGCCCACACUUUCUCAAUGAGACAGGGGGCCACGGGGAGCGCAACAUCAGCUUCCUCAGCUCGUCUGCAGAGAGAGGGGGAGAAGGGGGAGGAGAGGGAGGAAGGGGCUGGCUGAGGAAGAGUAAUGCCAGUGUCUCAGUGGUGGAGGUGCCCAUUGAACAGCAGGUCACAAGACUGGACCGACUGAAAUUGUUCAGCAUUGAACAUGUAGACAUGGGGGCCAGGUACUACAGAGACUACUUCCAUGGGAAAGAGCACUCAAACUACUUUGGGACAGAUGAUAAACUGGGUCCUGUGGCGGUGAGCAUCCGCAGGGAGAAACUGGAAGACACCAAAGACCUGAAAGACCAGUACCAGUACCGCCUUGUGGUCAGAACCAGCGAGUUGAUUACGCUACGAGGCUCCAUCUUAGAGGACACGGUGGCUACUACGGGUAGACACGGAACAGUGCGGGGUCUGCCACUCAAAGAAGUCCUGGACCAGGUAGUCCCCGAGCUCAAUGUGUCCUGUCUGAGACUGGCAGUCAGCACUCCCAAAGUCACAGAGCAGCUCCUGAAACUGGAUGAACAGGGGUUAAGUCAGAAGCACAAGGUGGGUGUUCUGCUGUGCCGUGCAGGCCAGAGCACAGAGGAAGAGAUGUACAACAACGAGGAGGCGUCGCCAGCCUUCUCUGCCUUCCUCGAGCUGUUGGGGGAGCAGGUGGUUCUCAAAGGAUUCAACAAAUACGCUGCACAGCUCGACACAAAGACGGACUCAACAGGCACCCACUCCCUUUACACAACCUACCAGGGCUAUGAGGUCAUGUUCCACGUGUCCACCAUGCUCCCGUACAUGCCCAGCAACCCACAGCAGCUCUUGAGGAAGAGGCACAUAGGGAACGACAUUGUCACCAUAAUCUUCCAGGAGCCCGGAGCGUUGCCUUUCACCCCUCAGAAUAUCCGUUCACACUUCCAGCAUGUCUUUGUUAUUGUGCGUGUGCACAGCCCCUGCUCUGACCACACCUGUUACAGUGUUGCUGUGACGAGGAUGAAGGAUGUGCCCCCGUUUGGCCCAUCCAUCCCCAUUGGCGUAACCUUCCGUGACCCAGAAACCUUUCGGAAUUUCCUCCUUGCCAAAGUUAUCAAUGCAGAAAGCGCAGCGCACAAGUCGGAGAAGUUUCACACCAUGGCGACACGAACGCGGCAGGAGUACCUGCGUGACUUGGCCGAGAACUACGUCAGCAGCACACCGCUCGACUCAUCCGGGAAGCUUAACAACCUCAUCUCACUCGCAUCCAAAAAGCGUGAGCGUUCCAAAGCAAGAGAGGGGGCAGAGCUGGGAGCUGCAGGUGCCGUCGCCUGGAGGGUGCAGGCUCAGGACUUUAGUGGAGGUGGGACGGAGCUCCCAUGUGCCUUAGGCUUGUCAGCUGAAUACGUCCUCCUCACUGACUGUUCCACCAAAGAGGUGGUGUUUAACUGUUUCUGUGCGGACGUGAUCGGCUGGACACCGGAGCGUCUCGCACUAAAAAUCUUUUACGGUAGAGGAGACCACAUCGCUGUGCGGGUGCCGGAGGGCUGUGCGCAGGACAUCAGGGAAAUGGUUCAGAGGUUGAAGUCGUUGACGGUUGGAUGUGAGACGGUGGAUAUGACUCUGAGAAGAAAUGGACUGGGACAACUGGGCUUCCAUGUUCGCCUGGAUGGCACCGUGGCUGAGGUGGAGGAGUAUGGCUUUGCCUGGCAGGCAGGACUGAGGCAAGGCAGCCGUUUGGUGGAGAUCUGCAAGGUGGCCGCGGUGACGUUGACUCACGAGCAGAUGAUCGACCUGCUGAGGACUUCAGUCACAGUCAAAGUGGUCAUCAUCCCUCCGUACGAAGAGGGUGGGCCUCGCAGGGGCUGCACAGAGGAGUAUGAGAUGAAGACCAUCGAGCAGAAGCCAGAGCCAGAGCCUCUGGCAGCGGGCUACCGACCCUCCCCUCGCCCACAGUGGAGAUGGGACAGCCCACCUAUUCCUUCAGGGCUCCAAAGUGCACCGAACUCUCAGCGUUGGGCCCCCAUGGGACCCCCUCCACCUCCACUGCCCCGCUCACACAAAACCUUAAUGCCAGUUCCGUACAGAGAGCCACAGCACCUCAACUCUAAGAGGCCAGUGAGCUACCCAGAGAACCAUUACACUCUGUCUCCUGCAGGGGGCGAUAGAGGGCUGCCCUACAGAAACCCCUCAGCCAGCUUCUCCUCGCCCUCCUCUGGCCUUGUCGGCCUUUCCGCGAUGGGCAUGCCUGGAAUCACACCAGGACCUUUCGUACGCUACAAACACUCCCCCGACAGAUUUGGAACAGGGCAGCGCCCCCUGCUGCCUUAUGAGCCCCACCUCAGCGUGGACAUCAACUCCAGUGGGGAGUCUUCUUCAGGCUUCACCAGCCAAGAGAGCACCAUGGAGCGCUGCAAAACAGAACCCCUCUGGCAUGUCCCAGCAUCGUCGUCACGGGGACCAGGUGUUGGAGUGGGACAGAGGAGAAUACCCAGACAAGAUGUCCCAGGGAAAGACUCUCCAAACAGACACUCAAAGGGUGAGACUCAGUACUCUAGUCACUCUAGCAGUAACACUCUGUCCAGUAACGCCUCCAGCAGCCACAGCGAUGAGCGAUGGUUUGAUGGAGGAGCUGGAGGAGAGCGAGGAGGAGGCGGGGGUGACCCAUCUGACGCUGACCCCGACCUUCUCAACAAGGGAGGGUCCAACGACAGCGGCAUUGACGCCUCGACCCACUACACCAACUCCCGCCAUGCAAACAUGUCCAACAACCAGGCUCUCAAGCCCUUACACUGCUCUGCGACCUACAGUGGCGUGCAGGAGUUGUCUGUGGGACGGAGCAGCGGCGGGGGAGAAGCAAGGAGACGAGAGUCUUCACCCAUCAUACCGGCCGAAGCAAAUCAGAACAAAGGGUACCGGACAAGGACAUUCCCACCUCCUGGGUCCAGUGCUGAAAAAAUGGAUGCUUUCAAACCCAGGGCCUACACGCCGCAGGGUUACAAAACUCCAACGGCGGAGAAAGCGAGACAUGUCCGAGCUGCGACAGCGACACCCACUUCGGCUCAGUUAAACGCCAUUCCUCUGUCAAGCUCCGCCCCCAAGGCCUUAUACGGGAAGGGCAGACAAACCGCCUGGCAGACUGAAGACGGCAGCCCGUCGAACACAACCACAGCAUCUGCCUCUGACAGCAGCAACAGCAAGAAGCAGGUGGAUACAAAUUCGAAGAACGUGUUUGGACAACCUCGACUCCGAGCCUCACUGAGGGACCUGCGCUCUCCGCGGCGGACGUAUAAGAGCACCAUCGAAGACGACCUGAAGAAACUGAUCAUCAUGGACAACCCAGGAGAGAUGCCACAAAGAGAUCCAUCUCCCAGACGAGCUUUGCAGCGCACAUUUUCAGACGAGUCGCUAUGCAGUGGACGCAGAGACGCCAGCUUUGCCAACUCCGAGAACCAAAUGACCGCGGCUGAUGUACUGUUCACCUGCACUCUGCCCACGCGCAGACACGGCUCCAACUCGUCCAACCACUUGCAGAGCAAGAAGGGUUUGUUCACAGACUGCAACUCUUGUCCUCAACUGUCCCCAGCGCCUCUGUCUGCGUCCGAGCUGUCUCUCACUGAGGUCAGGGACAAAGUUCCCCCACUGAGGAGGCUCGAUCCUGGACUGAUGCCUCUUCCUGACACUGCCUGUGGACUGGAGUGGUCCAGCCUGGUCAGUGCUGCUAAAGCUUAUGAAGCACAAAGGGCAGUUUCCCUGUUCUCACUGACUGAGCCACAGGGUGGAGGACCUGACAUGAGAGCAGUUGUAAGCCCAGUUCAGUUCCAGACUCCGCAGGCACCGCGGACCACUCCCACCUUCAGCUGUGACGAGGUGCCCAAUGAUUUGUCUGGUCGGCUCUACCACCUGGAAGUCAUGUUAAAACAGCUGAAUACUGAUCUGGAGAGGGAGAAGAAGGAUAAAGUGGUUCUGCUGGCAGAGAUGGCCAACCUGAGACAGAACAACCAGCGGCUGCAGGAGGAAAGCCUGACGGCCAGUGAGCAGCUGCGCAAGUUCAACACGUUUUUCAACACCCUCAGCAAGCCGGAGAGUGACGACGAAGCUCACUCCUUAACUCAUGAUCCUGACGGAAAGAGGGAUUGAGCCACAGAUGUAGGAGAAGGAGAAGAGAGUGCGAUUCAGGCCAGAGAGAGUGAUAAUCUGAGAGGAGGUCACAGGGAUGACCCCCCUCGCUCAGCCUCCAGUGGACUUGACUGCCUUAAACCAGAGAGUAAGAAAAAGACUAUUUUUAAAUCCAACACUCCCAGAACGUCUCAGCGAGCCUGUGCACACAUGAAGCAGACGCCCUUCACUGUCUUCUCUCUGAGCCUGUUUAUUUUUAUAAUUCCAAAACAAAAACUCUUAUCUACAGUACUUGUGUAUGAAUAUGCUGUAUGUGCUACUAUGCUGGAGUAGCGACGAGGAGAAGAGGACCUGACUGUUUUUGAGAAUACUAAAAUCACCUGGAGAGGCCUAAUACUGUUCCUGCAGCAAAUCAGCCAAAAAAGAGGAAAGAGAAGAUGAAAAAAAAAAGACAGACUGCAUCUCCCAGAAUGCACUAGGAGUAAUGGAAGCACUACAGACAUGGUACUGUAGAUAGAUGCCUGUGUGGUACAAUUGUCAUGUAUCAGUAUAAAGAGGUGUGUGUGUGUGUGUGUGUGUGACUGAUGGUACAGUGAAUAAUCUGAUGCAUUUCUGCACAAACGCUGCUUGUGCUCCAGACUCGAUGUGUGAAAGAUUGACGGCCGGUUAUUGAACAAAUGAGUCCGCCGUCAUAACGUAACCCCGCGGGCCACGAAGUUCUUUCCUCUCCGUUCGUUUACGUGGACGAGCCGCGGCCCCGUUGAUGUGAAACGAGCCGUCAGCUGUCCACGUGUUUGAAUUUACUUCUCGCCGUUUUUUUUUCCAUUCGUCUCAGAUCAUCUCCGCUCUCGUCGUACUCGCUUUGUGUUGUAACCUUUUUAACAGUUUAGUGUUGUUGGAUCGUCUUUUCUUCAAAAUCAUCGAUUUUAACCAGCCCGUUUGUCAGGAAAACCGCUCCCUAACGCAUAGAUUUGGUCGUGACGUGACAUAUCAUGGUCUUAAUUAUCAGUAUAAUGAAAGCUGAACGUCUUCCCUUAUCUUUAGAUUUUUUACAAAAACGACAAAUGGAUUCAUCCAAAGGUUUUGGCCUGUUUCAUUGACAUGUUGGCAAAAAUAAAGUAUGCCGAAUUAAUAAGUACUAGCAUUUAUCAUUAAAAACUUUAAAAUGUGACCAUUCUCAGGCAACUUUUGUGGUUAAAAGGAACUUCUUUUUUUUUUAACAUUGGGUACACUUGGAACUGCACUGAAUCGAAACAAAAUGUGUGUGCUGUUUCUGUGUGAACAUACUGACGAAGGAACCCAAACUACAGUAUAAACCAAAUAAUGGUUUUGGACAAACCAUGAGUGGAAUCGAUUUUAAAAAUUUCAGAACAAAAGCAAACAAAGUGCAUUUUUCAAAACUAUUCCUGUGACUGCGUCUCCUUUGUGUACUCGUCAAAAUGAAGCUGUGUCACCUGUGAUGUGUUUGUAGAAAAAAAACAAAACGUUUACUGUACAUGAGACUCGCAAGACAACACUGAAGCUUCCUCAUAUCAGAACCUGUGUGUGUGUGUGUCUGUGUGUGUGUGUGUGUGUGUGUGUGAUGAACCCAAGAUGACAGAAACUACUGCUCGCUCGCUUAACAAUAUUGUCUACUAUAUCUAUUUUUCAUACAGAGAUGUGUGUCGGUGUGUUUUUGAUGCUGGUACUGAAUGGACCUGGCGUCCCCUGCAGAGGACGAGUCGUACGUUUCGUUCCAGGGAAUAAAAAUUGUACUAAAUUUGCGUCUCCUGCUCGGCUGCGGCGUACGCUGAAGCAGCUCCUUCUCACUUCCUCCUCGUCCCGAACUGGAACUGUCCGCUCACUCUCAGGUUUCUCUAUAUGCUGUUAGUAAUAUACGUACACUAUACCAUGGACAAGGACCUUGACCUUGAGUUUCUGCCAUUGUUUCAGUUCACUGCAGACAAAUCGGUUUGCAGUGAAUUUAGUUUAACAUGAAAUUAAGUUUAUUAUGAACUCCUGUUCCUAAAUGAAUCCCUCACUGACAGAAACUCGGAUACAAAAACCACCACCUCCUUUUUCUCCUGCAGCCAGUUUUUACAGCAUCUCCUUGGGCUGUUGUAACUUUAAUACCAGUGAUGUUUAUUUAUAUAUAUAUAUAUAUAUAUGUAUGUAUAUAUAUAUAUACAUAUACACACAUUGAUACUCUACGUCUUAUACAGUCUGUGGUUAAUAAAUUCAGGCUUUUACAGGGUUCAGAAAGCUUCCAUGUUUGUUCCAGUUUUCAGGAUUGGAUGUUAAAGUGAAAUCAGGCUCCACGUGACACACUCCUGUUAUUCCUCCCGAUGGAAAUCUUUCUCUCACGCAGCUUCGCUGGUGUAGCUGUGACCUUUUUUUUUGUUGGUAUCUGCAAGUCUUAAUCUUUAGAUUGCUUAUGUAAAAGAGGCAAGGUUUCUUUUUAUACAUAUACAUAUAUAUAUAAAAGUUUUGUUCAUGUUCUGUAUAAUUUUUAAGCUAUUUAUCGCGUACACAACAGCACCCUGUUGAGCAAAUCAAUAAUGCAUUAUUAAGGUUAAUGGUAAUAUUGUAUAACGAUGUUUGUUUUUAGAUGUUAAAUAUUUUGAUAAUUUAUUUUUUAACACAUUGGCCGCUGUUGCAGACAGUCGUGAAGACGAGAGGGUACUGUGUGUGUGUGUGUGUUUUCAUUUGUGUUUUUUGACGUUGUUCUACUUCUGAUUUCUGUACAAAGUAAAUUUGUAUGAUUCUCUUUUUUUUUUUUCCAGACAUCAUCUUUACUCUCUGUGCAUUGACAGUAACGUUUGGUUGACCCUUUUUGUUUGUUUUUUGGGUUGUAAUAACUUGUACAUUUAAAAGUGUAAAUUAUGUUUUCAUUAUUUUAUUAAAAAAAAA